AAAUUCUAUAUGAAAAUUUUCACAUAUUUUAGAAAUAAACCAAAAUUGAUUGGAAUUCUUUAUUUUGUAAAUUGGUAAAUCUGAACAAAAAUGGAAAACCGACGUAAAAGCAAAAGGAGGAGCUCGAGGAAAAUCUCCAAAAAAUCAAGGCAACAAAAAUAUGCAGGUUCGGCAGGAAGCAAUUUGUUUUCGCCAUCAAUCACAUCACAAGGUUCUCUUGAGGUACAGAAACAUGACAGCCGCAGGGUUAUUGAAGAGAUCGUCGAUAGAAUGUUUGAUGAGGAAAAGGGUUUACAAGACACCCUAUCUGAUUCGGCAUGUUCCAGUAUUGAGUUAAGAGUUAAAUCACCGCAGAGUGAUCCACGCUUAAGAAAUUGGAGACAUCACUUAACUGAACGAAAUAAAGUUGCGCAUCUUAUUCGAACCAAAAUUGGAAAGACAGAGAGUGGUGUGCUUUUACAUCGAGCCACGAAUGCAGAUGAACGUGAUAAACAAACUGUAAAACGUGUACUUGACUAUGCAGAACGUCUUAAUCCAUUAACACUAAGGGCUCGGAAAACAAUGAAAUGGCAAGAGUACGAAAAACUAGAUACAUGUCAACAUAUACCAGAAUUAACUGAAACAUGGCCAAGAGCUGAACGUAUUGGUUCAACAAAAAUUGAAAUUUCUGGUCUACCACAAAUAAUAAAAAAGGAAUUAGUCUCUAAACAAACCUCGAAUGAAAAGAAACGAAUGAGGGAGUGGUUACAAUCAAAAGAACUUGAUAAAACGAUUGAACGAAAGAAAAAGGAUAUAAAACGAGUCGUAGAGUUUUUUCCAAAUAUUGAUGAGAUUCAAAUACAAGGUGAGGGAAUCAGAAAGGAACUUAUGCAAGAGAAACUUGAACAUGAUUCGGAAAUUGAAUUAAUUGGCUCAGAAUCAAUGUUGGAAAUUUCAAGUGACACCCCAGAUUCUUCAGCAGAGUCUACACCUGAUAUUCGCGAGGUUACAAUUGAAACGCCUCCAGAGUAUGGCCUUAAAAUAAAUGGUCAAUUAUUUAACGAGAUCUUUAAACGUUCCUCGAAAUCAAUGGAAGUAAAAAUGAAUUUUACUUGUGCUCCAUUUGAGGAAGUGAGAAAACGAGUAAUUCAGUUGCAGAAUAUCGGUAAGAAAGUAGUUAGUUUUGAGUUAUUGCAGCGUCGUUAUUUUUUCAAGUGUAAAACUUUACUUAUGAGUACAUCCGAUGAGUUUCUUUUUGAUAAAAGACCAUUUCGGCUAGCUUCAGGUGAAACUCGAGACGUUAUAGUGAAAUUUCAGCCACGUGUAGUAGACAUAACGAAAGAAAAGUGGGUGAUAAAAAUAGAUCCGCAAUUCUUCUGUCGUAAGGUUGAUGCUAUUGUCAUAAAAUUGAAUGGUGUUUGCAAACCAUCAAAAGAGUACGCCAGCAAAUUAGAUGAAGAAGAACAAAUGAUAUUAUUAAAUAGUAAUUUGGAUAUGUUAAAUAAGGUAACAGCUAGAUUGGCUUCAAUAACACCGUUAAUUGAACCAAUCGAAGCACAUUGCCCAUAUAAACGUACCCUCACUGAAGCUGAGCUUUUUGAAUACUACAAUCUUGGCUUUGCCUGCGAACGUAUGCAAGAUUUAACUUCUCUUAAAGGAAUUUAUAUGCGUGUUAAGAAACCUGUUGAACCUGAGUGGGAUUUAAAGGUAGAUACUUUAAAAUCAAUGAUACUGCGCCUUGAAAGAGCUGUUGAUCGUGCGAAUGUCUUUGAGGAGAUGCUAAGUAUAUUAGAAGAGAUGAAAGGAAAGCCAAUAGAUGUAGAAACGAAAUUGAUAGAAAAUCCAGAUCGCGAUCGUACGCGUUUCCUUUUUGUACGUGGAUUAAUAUCAGGUACAAUUGAUGAUUGGGAAGAGAUGACAUUAAAAAUUGAAGAGUCUUUCCUAAAAGCUGAGUUACAAAGUUUCUACAGUAAAUUAGAAGCGAUGGCUGAAGAAGAAGAAGAGGAGGAGGAAGAAGAAGAUCAAGAUGAGCAAAAAAAACAGCAGAAGAAAAAUGAUAUGUUAUCUUUUCUCAAAAUGUUUGAAUUUGGAGAACUUGAUGAAAUUGAAGUUGAAGAGUUUUGUCUUAAGACCAUGAAACAUAGAAAAGCGUUUCGAGACUCAAUGUAUAUGCACACUUAUGAGCAGUUGUGCAAUGCCGCUGAAAAUAUCGUAUCUAUUAUUGAGAGUACUGAGUUGUUCUGAAUGCAGAUCAAAGGAGUUUUAUUUGAAAACUUCUUUACGACUCAAAUGUUACGCGUUUGUGUAAUUUAAUGAAUAUUGUGUAGAAUUACUUUAAAUUUUACUAAACAGAAAACAAAAUCUAA